AUGUCACACAGACUAAACUUAAUUCCUAAUAACAGUAACAGAUUUGCUGAUGAGAAUAAUAGUGAAGACGAGUCACCGGACAGAGCACUAUCUUCGGGGAUAGGACCCUCGAUGCCUUCCUUCAAUGUGACCUCAGAGCUUGGAGCCGUUAGCGUCCCAGCGGCUCUAUACUACUGGUCCCAGCGGCUCUCUACUACAGCCAGGGAGGUUUGGCCGCCUGAAGGUUUGGAACUACAAACGAACGUGAGAUCAAACUCAGUGGACUACGCAGCAGCGUUGAUGCUAGCAGCAAUGGCGGCCGUUCUUCUGGCUGCUGUUGGUUACCAAUGUGCUGCUACUUGGAGGUGGAUUAUGGGAAGGACUCGACGUGAUUCUGAAGAUAGCAAUUGUGAUUCCCUCUCCCGUCAAGCAGCUAUUCGCAUAAGCCACUCACUCCCCGAUCUACAGACUGAACCCUUGAAACAAGAGUACGUACAGGAACACAAAGAUGCCGGAAAGAAGGUGCUGCGCCAAACUACGCUUCCUAUUGUACCAGAUCGUCAUCAAACAUUCCAACGUCAACUUUCACAUAGACUGGAUCUUCCAUCCAUCCAAUUCAGCAUCUGCAGUCUGGAGAGAGCGGAUUCUUCCAUUGGACUUAUAAAGCCGGAAUUAUACAAGAACGAGCUUGUGCGUCAAUCUUCUACUGAUAGCGGUGAACUUGAAUUUUGCGGAAAACUCCACUUCGCUUUGAAGUAUGAUCAAGAAGUUGAGGCUUUGGUCGUAAAGAUAUUUGAAGCUCGGGACUUACCAAUUAAGGACGUGUCCGGGAGUAGCGAUCCUUACAUAAAGGUGUUUUUGCUACCAGACCGUAAGAAGAAAUUCCAGACGAAAGUGCAUCGUAAAAAUUUGAAUCCCGUCUUCAAUGAAACUUUCUUGUUUAGUGUUCCGUAUGAAGAACUUCGUCAACGCUAUCUACAAUUCUCCGUAUACGAUUUCGAUCGCUUCAGUCGUCAUGACCUGAUUGGACACGUGGUGUUAAAGGGACUCCUUGAAUCAGCUGAUUUGCAUCAAGAGAUUGCUUACACUAUGAACAUAUUGGCGCCACCACAGCGCGUAGUGAUGAUAGAGCUUACGGUCCCUUGGGAAACCAACAUCCCCAAAGACCAUACCAUCAAGGUCAACAAAUAUUACGAGCUCACAAACGAACUCACUCGAAAUAGGUUCGUAGUAGAUUUGUACGCGGUAGAGGUGGGAGCGAGAGGUAUAACAGCGAAAUCUCUCUACAACCUACUAAAGGACUUGGGCUUGUCCAGAACUCACAUUAAUGCAUUCUUGGAACGUAUAUCGAAGGCAGCCCUAGUAGGUUCUUUUCAAAUUUGGUUAGGUAGGGAGAGGAGCUUGGACAGUGGAGGUGAGCGUAUAACGCGCGAGAAAAAGGACCUGGGAGAGUUGAUGCUCUCUCUAUGUUAUUUGCCGACCGCGGGCAGACUUACUGUCACCGUUAUCAAAGGCAGAAACCUGAAGGCAAUGGACAUUAAUGGAUCAUCAGAUCCGUACGUCAAAAUCUGCCUGAACUGUCAAGGGAAAAGGAUAAAGAAGAAGAAAACUACUGUCAAGAAAAAUACGCUCAGUCCGGUGUAUAAUGAGGCGUUAGUUUUUGAUCUACCCGCAGAAAACGUGUAUGACGUCACUCUACUUGUCAAGGUCAUCGAUUAUGAUCUGAUUGGUCCAAACGAGCUAAUCGGUUGCACGGCAAUCGGUUCGUCAUUAAUCGGAAUCGGACGCGAUCAUUGGCUGGAGAUGUUGGAUAAUGCAAGGAAACCUGUAGCACAAUGGUAUCCCCUAAACAAAAGCCCUCCAACAAAUAUCAAUUUACCAGCUAACGAACAACAGAAUACACCGCUAAGCUGUUUGAAUACAAGGUAA